AUGGCAGACGCUCAUGCAGCGCCUGCAGACUUGGGCUCUGCCGAUGAGUACGAAGAGGUCGAGGUCGAGGUGACCGACGACGAGGACGACGAUACGGAGCAACAGCAGGCCACAUCAGCAGCGGUUGGCGGCGGCGGGGCGCCAUCGCCAGCGCAGGUCGCCGUUCUGCAGCAGCAGCAGCAGCAGCAGCCUCAGCAGCAGCAGCAGCAGCAGCAGCAGCAGCAGCAGCAGCAGCAGCAGCAGCAGCAGCAGCAGCACAAGGCAGAUAAGGACGCACAGCAAGCGGGGCCACCAUCCGGCGCCGCCGCCCAGCCGGAGCAGCCGGCCACGCAGCCAGCCAGCCAGCAGCCCGCGCCCAACGCGGCUCCGUCCCCCUCGACCCCCGCCGCCGCACCCCCUGCCUCCUCCGAGGCGGCGUCCGGCGCGACCGGCGGCGCCUCCGAGUUCGCGCAGAUAGAGGAGAAAGCGGCUCUGGUCGCCUUAGAGGUCAAACAGGCCGCCAGCCGCCUCGCCAUCGGCCUCCAAUCCGUCCUGGGCGCAGCCGCCGCCACCGCCGUCGCCGCCGCCGCACCCAAGCCGCCCGCGACCGCGGCUGCGCCAGCGCCGGAGGCCGCGGCGGGCGCGCUCGGCGCAAUUGGCACCAGCAUCAGCAGCUGGUGGGCCAAUAUAGAUAAGAACAUGACCGCGGAAGACGGCCAGGCGACGACGCCCGCCGCGGCGGCAGGCCUGGACGCAUCGCGCCCGCCUCGCAACAUCGGCGAGCAGCUUCGUGCCAGCUUCCAGCUGGCGGGGGAUGACGUGUUGGUUGAGUCGUACACGUGCAAGCUGCUGCAGACCUACGCCCCAGUCAGCAACGGCCUCACCCCACCCAUGCAGAUGACGCUGGCCGGCAAGCUUCACAUCAGCCAGCACGCCGCGUGCUUCGAGGCGACCGAGGCGUUUAGCACCACGGGCGCCGGAGACAAGCCGCUGCUGUUCAAGUGA